GAUCCGGAAGUGGUCCUCCUACACCUACUAUUUCCGGCUGGUGCAAGAUGGCCGCGCCUUUGGGUGAGGAGUACCCGACUGAGAUCCACGAGUUCCUGGUGGGCUUCGAGGAGUCCCUGAAAUCCGCCGACGGGACGCUGAAGACGUUGAUGUCGGUGCCCCGGAGUGAGCUGCUGCAGAAGCUGGGCCCUCUUGAGCAAGCCAAGCUGGAUUUGGCCUCUGCUUAUGCAUUGAAUUCAAUGUUUUGGAUAUAUCUAAUUACACAAGGAAUCAACCCCAAAGAGCAUGCUGUCAAACAGGAAUUGGAGCGGAUAAGAACCUACAUGAACAAAGUGAAAGAAAUAACAGACCAUCAGAAGGCGUCAAGACUGGAUAAGGGAGUGGCCUCGCGCUUUGUCCGACAUGCACUGUGGGAGGCAAAGCCAGAAGGACGGUCAAAAACGCCAUCCAAAUCCCCCCAUCAUUGAAAAUGCAAGAAAGAAAAAUCAGCAUUGUCAGAAUAAAUGAGGAGGAACUUUGGGAACUUUCUCUAUCAUGCCACUGGGUGUCAGUAAUGUUUAACAACAUUUAAAGCUGUUUCUUGUUUUUAAAAAUCCAAAAAAGAAGCUACAUACUAAAUCUAAAUGGAUCAGAUUUUUCUUUGAAUUGACAAGAAAGCUGGUCACUGCAGGCAUGAGCAAUAUUGUUCUUCAAGUGUGACAAUUCACAACUUUUAAUUUAAAGAAACUUUAAAUUUUUUUAAAGUACCUAUGUCCUUUUGUAUGGAGUUGAUCUCAUUACUAAGAUUAUCAUGUUUUACUUUUUUUAAUGGAAGAUUGUUUCCAAUAUGAUAUGAGUACUUCAGUACAUUCUGCGAUGGUUUGACGGGCAACCUGGGAAAUGUACGCUCUCCCUGCUUUAAGUGGUAUCACCCUCAUCCAACCCCCAACCCUUUUUUGUUGGAUAAAGAGCCAAAUCAUUUCUGAUUUUAGUGAAUACAAGAAACUCCACAGGUCUGGCAGAAUCUGUGGAGAGAGAGAGAAAAAGAAUUAAUGUUUUGAGAGCUGAGGUUCUGACCACGUGUCAUGUCGCACUCAACGUUGAUUCUAUUCCUCUCCGUAGCUGGAGCCAAACCUCCUGAGUUUCUCCAGCAUUUUGUUUUUCUCACUUCUCCCAAAUCCCUUGCUUUUAUUUAAAAUAAACUUUAGCAAUUCAUAUGUGACACAUAUUUGAACAGUCAUCUCCCUCUAGAGCUUGUGGUCUGAAAACCUCUUUAUUUAAUUACCAACUCGAUCGUGUUUUAAUGUAUAUGUCAUAUGUCCCUUUUAGGCUGAGACCUGGAUUCAAGUCCCAACAUCUCAUGAGCAGGUUGGUUAGAAACAUCAAGGCAUCUGAUAUUUUCCUGAUGACGGAAAUGGCAUAGACAGUCCUGAAUGUGGCCAUUUGGUGUUCUGAUUUGUAUCAGACCUCUGGGGUGUUUACAUUUGUUUAUUUGAGAAACAACAGGUUCCAUUUAUAAUAGUGGUACUGCAGAAGUGGGUUAAUGGAAGUGACUUGGAUUUGCUUGGUGUGUGCUAGAAUGGGCUUGAUCAUCACCCAAUUGACUGCCUUAAAAUCUGCUUUUGUGUCCUUCUUGCUACAAGUGGCCAGCAGCUUGAUUGACGCCUUCAAAAAUGAAGUUCUUUACAUCCAAACAGGAAGAGGCCAUUCAGUCCCUCAAGUCUGUUCCUGGCAUCCAACAAGAUUAUGGUUAUGUAUUAUCCUUAGCUAGUAUAAAGAUUAGUCAUGUCAGGUUCAAGGAUGAUUGAGUGAGCAAGCAUACUUUUUUUGUGGGAGAGAUUUCUUCACUUUUGAGCAAAUAUGUGAUUUCCAACUUUUCUCUCUUGAAUGGCCUGGAAAAAAAUCUCUACCCUAUCAUUCCCUUUAUUCUAAUAAACCUGAAAUCAA